CAUCAAGCAAAGCGACAGCAUCGCUAGUCUCCACUAUCAGAUCAAGAACUGUGAUGAUAUACUAUCAAGAAUGGAGGAAAUGUUAAGCAAAUUUCAAUUGGAUUUAGGUAGCAUUAGCACUGAAAUACAGUCACUGCAGGACCAGUCUCACUCUCUUAGUGCCAAACUUCAAAACAGACAGGCUGUCAGAAGUGAAUUGACUUCGUAUUUAAGGAAUAUUUCAGUUAGCGAGCAUCUUGUACAGCAUAUUACUGAUACUCCUGCUAGCGAAAAAGAGUUUAGUGAGACGUUGCGAGAAUUAGACGAGAAAUUAAAGUUCCUCAACCUCCAAAGCUUUAACGAGUAUCGCUCAGUUUAUGAUGUCCACGACGUACUAGUGAAAUUGAAGAUCAAAGCAAUCACUAAAACUCGUGAGUUUAUUAUCAGCAGAAUUUACCAGUUUAGACGUCCAAUGGCUAACUACCAGAUGCUCCAGAAUCAACUACUUAAUUAUAAGUAUUUUAAUGAGUUUCUGCUAGCUCACAGUAGGGAGACUGCUAAUCAGAUCAGAGAAGAAUACGUGGACACACUCAGUAAAAUAUAUUAUUCUUAUUUCAAGGAUUACUACCACAAACUAAUGAAAUUACAAUUUGAGGAAGUUGCUGAGAAAGAUGAUUUAAUGGGAGUGGAAGACUCUGCUAAAAGAGGUGGCCUGUUCUCAAGUAGAAGUACAUACAAGAACAGGUCAACAGUAUUUACUCUUGGGCACAGAGACACUGUACUGACUACUGAACUGGAGGAUCCAAUAAUUGUCAUACCACAAGCACAGAAAACUGAGAAAAGAUAUCCAUUUGAGGCUUUAUUCAGGAGCCUUCAUUUUGCAUUGGUGGACAAUGCUUCAAGGGAAUUCCUUUUCAUUAACGAGUUCUUUAAUUUGACUUUAUCUUCCUGUCAGGAAUACUUUGAUUCUGUUUUCAGUAAAACAUUACAACUGAUACUGAGAAACAUAGAGAGUUAUUGUGACAGUUGCUAUGAUGCCAUUGGCCUAUUCCUCUGCAUUCACAUCGACUACAGAUUCAACGCAAUACUCCACAAAAGACAAAUAACUUGUCUGGAUAGUUAUUCUGAGGAGUUGCAGUCAUUAUUGUGGCCGAGGUUUAGGCACAUACUCACAUUAAAUGUAGCCAGUGUGAGAGAGGCUGACCCAUCAAGACUAGGACAUAUUGAUACAAGACCACACUAUAUUACCAGACGUUAUGCUGAAUUUUCCGCUGCUCUUGUAAGCAUUAAUCAAAGUGAACCUAAAGAACAGGUUGACAGAAGUCUCUCCUCACUUCAAUCUGAAGUUGAGAACUUUAUACUAAGAAUGGCGGCAGAGUUUCCAGACCGUAAAGAGCAGCUAGUUUUUCUGAUUAAUAAUUAUGAUAUGAUGCUUGCAGUAUUAACAGAAAGGACAUCUGAUGAAUCAAAGGAAUCCGAAACAUUCAAAUCUUUACUUCAUGCAAGAACGCAAGAAUUUGUUGAAGAAGUAUUGUCUCCAUAUUUUGGUGGAAUGACUGCUUUUGUUAAAGACACUGAGCUGCUCCUUGAGAGAGACAGGGCUAGAAUAACUGUCAAUGAAAAGCAUAUACAAAAUUUGGUUCGUGGUUUCAAUUCGGACUGGAAGAAAUCUUUGGAGUCCAUUAAUAAUGAAGUAAUGAAAGCUUUUACUAACUUUAAGAAUGGAACAGCAAUUCUGCAAUUGGCUCUUGGUCAGUUGAUACAGUAUUACCAUCGCUUUAAUAAAAUCCUCUCCCAGCAUCCUUUCAAGACUCUCUCAGUCCGUAGUGAGCUCAUUAACAUUCACCACCUCAUGGUUGAAGUGAAAAAAUACAAGCAAACUUUUUAGGUAGACAUAGCUGCUGAUUCUGUUUAUAUAAUUAUUGAGUAAAACAUUUUAUUUAUAAGUUGGGCUAAUUUUUUAGAA